AUGCCGAAAGUAAAGAGAGCAGCAGGAUCAGAUCGGUCCGGGGCUUCGGUACCGCUGGCUGAUCAGAUCCUGCAGGGAGACUCGGUCCGAUCCAAACCCAGAGACCGGAACCAGAACCGGAGAGAGGAACUGACUGAGGAUGAGUAUGUAGAUGAGAGGCUGAGCAGAAAGAUCCUGCAGCAGGCCAGAAUCCAACAAGAGGAACUACAGACCGAGAUCGGACUAAGUUCUGAUCUACAGCAACACAACAAACAACACAAACCAGCUACACAACUGGGUCCGAGCUCUAAGGAUGAAGAAUCGGACGAGGAAUGGCCGGAGCUCGGAGCAGCAGAGAGUGAGGGCCCCACUGAACUGCAGAUCGAUCCAGAUGAUGAGAAAGCCAUCCAGAUGUUCAUGAACAAGAACCCGCCUGUCAGGCGUACUUUAGCUGAUAUCAUCAUGGAGAAGAUCACAGAGAAGCAGACUGAAGUAGGCACAGUGAUGUCAGAGCUCUCAGGCCAUCCCAUGCCACAGCUGGACCCCCGAGUAAUCGAAGUGUACAGAGGAGUCAGUAAGGUCUUGUUGAAGUACCGCAGUGGGAAACUCCCUAAAGCCUUUAAAAUUAUUCCUGCACUCUCAAACUGGGAACAGGUUCUUUACCUGACUGAACCUGAGACAUGGAGCGCUGCUGCUAUGUACCAGGCUACACGGAUCUUCUCGUCGAACCUGAAGGAGCGAAUGGCUCAGCGCUUCUAUAACCUGGUUCUGCUGCCUCGGAUCAGAGACGACAUCACAGAAUACAAACGCCUCAACUUCCACCUGUACAGCGCCCUGAAGAAGGCUCUCUUCAAACCCGGAGCCUGGUUCAAAGGAAUCCUGAUCCCGCUGUGUGAGUCGGGUACCUGCACUCUGAGAGAGGCCAUCAUCAUCGGCAGCAUCCUCACCAAGUGCUCCAUCCCCGUCCUGCACUCCAGCGCCGCCAUGCUGAAGCUGGCUGAGAUGGAGUACAACGGGGCGAACAGUAUCUUCCUGCGCCUGCUGCUGGAUAAGAAGUACGCUCUGCCCUUUCGUGUGCUGGACGCUUUGAUCGCUCACUUCCUGUCGUUCCGUACAGAGCAGCGAGUACUUCCUGUGCUGUGGCAUCAGAGUCUGCUCACGCUAGUUCAGCGCUACAAAGCAGAUCUGUCCUCCGAGCAAAAGGGGGCACUGUUAGAGCUGAUCAAGAUUCAAUCACAUGCCCAAAUCUCAGCUGAAAUCAGACGAGAGCUGCAGAACGCCGAGGCUCGAGACCUGGAGGACGCCACGCCUGCCAUGUCCAUGGACUGAUCAGCACUGGACUUUCUAAAUAAGACUUGUUUCAUGAAGCUGAACACCCUAACAUGUUAAAGGUCCACUGAGUGUAUUAAUGUCCUAUUAUCACCAAGAAAAUGUUCAAUUAGUUCAUUACUUAAUUCAGCUAUUUAUUACUUUGUGAUAUUAGAGAAGUAUGGAUUGUGUUGUGGUGAAGUAAGUGAGUAAUAGAGGACGUUAUUGUGAUGAGACGUUACUCAGUGCACCUUUAAUCACAUUUUAUAAACCUUGUCAUCAGAAGACGCACUGCAGUAACACAUAGAAACAGCUAUCUGUUCCAGUUUCACUUUGAUAACGGUGUUUAUUCACCUGUCGUGUUGUAAAAUGUCUCGUUUUCUCAGGAGAGUCGUUAUCAGUACUAAGUGUGGGAAUCGUUGCUAAAACAAACACCACAAAUGGCCUGCAUAAACUUACACCAAACUUUGGUAAGUUCAGGCCAGUUGAUGUAAACAUGAUUCACAAACAUUUGUAAUAAAUGUUGCUAUAAAA